UGGAGUACAAAUAAACAAUGUGCAGAGAGUCUGGAUUUUGGGACCCUUGAUGGACUGGACUGUCCAAGGAUUCCGAGGCGGUACAAUGACAGAUGCGAGAGCUGGUUCUCCAACACCUGCUAAUGUCUUAUCCCUGGUUGGAAAUGCCUCUUGCCUCAUGGUCUUCGCUCUUGCUCCUGUCUCAUCCUUCCUCACUAUGUGUCACUGAUACUUGCACAUGAAUAGACCCCCUUGUUCCAGUGAAUGAGAGCACAUGUUUAUAUUUUUUUUUCCUACUCCGAGACGACUGAGUCAUGGGACCAUGCCGGGCAUGGGGCUCAUGCUGGUCAUAUGAGCUUCGGGGCCAUUGCUACAAGAGACGAGACAGGAGGGUGAGAGAGGGAGAGAGCCAGAGGGAGGCAGACCGGGGAAGGGAGGACACCAUGGAGGAGCUGGGAAGGAGGGUCUGGGUGGCAGGACUCGCAUGCGUCCAGAGGUGCUGCUGCUGCUGCUGCCAGACAGAGAAAGCAGGAGGCGCAGAGGCGAAAGAUGACCCGUCGGUGAAGAGCGGGAAGGGGGUGUCAACACAGCUACCUACUCUAGAGCUCGGCGGCCCGACGGAGGCCCCUUUCUCUUCGGAGCCCCAGCCUCACUGGUUCCACACGCUACAGGUCCGCCGACUGCGAGUUCAAAGGUCACGGAGCAACAGCGACCCUUUAGGAGGGAAGAGCUUCGAACAGGAAUUCCAAUGGAAAACCGGUCUGCAGUUUGGAACGGCCACGUCUUACUUGAACUUGGAGAAGCUGGGAGAGGGAACUUACGCCACCGUGUACAAAGGAAUAAGUCGCAUAAACGGUCACUUGGUGGCUCUGAAGGUGAUACGCAUGAAGACCGAAGAGGGCGUCCCUUUCACGGCCAUUCGAGAAGCCUCCCUGCUGAAGGGCCUGAAACACGCCAACAUUGUCCUGCUGCACGACAUCAUCCACACGCGGGAGUCGCUCACCUUCGUCUUUGAGUAUGUGCAAACAGAUCUAGCCCAAUACAUGACUCAGCACCCUGGGGGGCUACACUCCUACAACGUGAGGAUUUUCAUGUUCCAGCUGCUCCGGGGCCUAUCCUACAUCCACAGGAGGAGGAUCCUGCAUCGGGACCUCAAACCUCAGAAUCUGCUAAUCAGCUACCUGGGCGAGCUUAAGUUGGCUGACUUUGGGCUGGCGCGCUCCAAGUCCAUCCCCAGCCAGACCUACUCCUCUGAAGUGGUGACGCUGUGGUACCGGCCACCGGACGUGCUGCUGGGCUCCACCGACUACUCGACCGCUCUGGACAUCUGGGGUGCGGGUUGCAUUUUUAUCGAAAUGCUCCAGGGGACUCCGGCAUUUCCCGGUGUGACACAUGUCUUUGAGCAGCUGCAGAAGAUCUGGGCGGUCCUGGGAGUUCCUACAGAGGAGACCUGGCCAGGAGUCAGCGAACUGCCCAACUACAAACCAGAAUGGUUCCUACCGUCCGAACCCCAGAUGUUCAGGAAUGUUUGGAAAAGGCUGGGUCAGCUGCCCUACAAGACGGAGGACCUGGCACAGCAGCUGCUCAGACCCGCCCCCCGAGACCGCAUUUCCGCCCAGGACGCUUUGCUGCACCCCUACUUCAGCACCCUGCCACCUCCCCUGAUGCACCUCCGAGACACUGUGUCAAUUUUCAAGGUCCCCGGGGUGCGGCUAGAAACGGAGGCAAGGGACAUCUUCAGCCCUGGGCGGCGAAUGAAACCAUCGCUUGCCCCUCUCACCAAGUGCUGGUGAUGUCCCGGCGCGGAGCCCCGGACACAGCCGGUAGCCCGUGGGGGGGGGUCCGUACACCUCACUAGCAUCACGCACCCUUCGCACCCUGUGUUCAUCCCUACUCUCAUCCCGUACAUUGUGUGUGUGAAGUUGAGCUCUGCUGCGAGGAAAGCGAGGGAGGAGAAAAUCCUUGGGGUCCUCCGCGUUCAAAGGAUGACCCGCGAUGCACUCGGACUUAUAAUUACCGCAGAGAGGAGCGCCGUUGAGGCGCGACUGGAAGGGAAACGGGUAGAGGCGAGUUCUUGAUUCUCCCUUCCCGGUUUACGGAACUCGUUUGGUUUCGUCUCUGCCGAACCCUUGAAAACCGCCGCUCCUAAGAACCGCUCCCGAACUUAACUGCGCGCUCCACGCAUCCGUUCGGAUAUGCUUCGAAAAUGACGGAGAGCAUGCGGGAACUUUCGUUUCAUACACCUCCGUUGUAAAAAGCCCGCAUCGGGAAUACGCGCCGGACGAUUGUUAACUCGGCGCGUACCGUUCGGACAGCCCUGACACGACCCGCAUCGUCUGCGCUGGAUGUUCUGCUCUAACAAUAAUAGAAUCACGAAUGAUAUUUCCAGUUACGCGUUUAUAAAUCGAGUUACUCCAUAGCCGUACGAAGGACACUUCAGACAGAAUUCGUGACGCCUCGAACCGAAAUCGGCGCGCCUCACGGCAAUCUCGGCCGUUCCUGGGCCAGCAGAUGGGCUUUGCGUCGAUACGGAAGAGCGCCGGACGAUUACGGCAGUGAAAUAGUCAUCCAGAGUACCUUCACCUUGUUUCUACUUUGGAUUGAAUGUGCCCUUUGGGACUUCAAGGGCACCGUGUUGUGACACCACCGGCAAACCGUAUCGAUAAAGGCAACCGUAUCGUCUCUGUGUUUUUUAACGACCUCAUGUUUGUUCGCGAUUCCUCCUUUUUACGAUGCACUUUGCUUGGAAAAAGACCUUCCGCCCGUCUGUCUGGAAGGGGCCCCCGUGGACUGUAACCAUAUACUGUCAGCUUGUCAUGAUGUUGACUAAUAAAAGAGCAUAAAUAUUGUUGAUCCUUUCAGGUUGGGAUUUUAUUCCACUGCAGUUGUGGGACUAUUAGCAUUACUGCUGUUUACCGCCGCUAUGCAUAUUAACCAGCACUUUUCACAGUACAUCACUUGUGUCCCACUUGGCACCCAA